AUGUCUCUCGCUGAUGGCAACCCCAGCACGAAGACGGAGUCCGUCAUCACCACGCCCCUCGUUGUCGUUUCCGCUGUCUUCCCUGUUUUGGCGGCAGUCUCUAUCUACCUUCGUCUCAUGGCAAAACGACGCAUACGCCAGCCUUAUCACGCAGACGACUGGUGGGUCAUUGCAGCAUGGUUCAUGACUUUCCCGAUGAGUGUGUUGUUCUGGGUCUUCGCCGCCAAGUCUGGCGUCGACUAUUACACCAUAGACAGCCUUCAGGGCACGUAUGACUCUUUGCAGGUGGGCAGCAGCUUCGCGCUUGAUGUUGUGGUCCUGUGCUUCCCACUACCCAUCGUUUUCAGUAUGCUGCUGUCCACUAGGAAGAAAUUCAUGGUCUUCUUCAUGUUCUGGCUCGGUGCAUUGUGA